ACGUCGGUAUGAGGUAUGAGCGGUAUGAGGCAUGCCUCGAAGUUUUGCGCUGAAAGCCAUCUGUUGAGUAAUUAUUGACCUACACUUAAAAACAACAAUCAUCUCCCAUCAUCACCAUAACAUGGCGUUUUAAUUUGAUAGUGAUGUGACUGUUGAAGUUUAAAGGACGGAGAAUUGUUUUAUGUAUAUUUCGAAGGUUUUAGCUUCAUGUGCCCCAAAACAACUUUGAUACAGACUAGUUGGCAUGCUCGUCAUCUGUAUAUUCCGUGGUGAGGAGGUAAUAUAUGUAUAUAUCCACAAUGAUACAUCCUCUAACCUAAUGAAUGCAAUGGAUAUUGAGUGUGGAGGUUUUACGUUCAUUUCCAAUUUUGAUUCAGGCAAUUUGGCCCGUGUUGAAUUGGUUUCUAAGAAGCAGAAUGUAAACCACAGCCCUGGCAAAAACAGUCCUGCUGAAGAAGUUCCUGACUUUGAAUUUAACAUAUGGACUAAACCAGACUGUGCUGGAACAGAAUUUGAGAACAGUAACAGGACAUGGUUUUAUUUUGGUAUUAAAGGUGGAACUCCAUUUGUUCUUGUGAAGCUCAACAUUGUAAACCUGAACCGUCAGUCAAAGAUGUAUAGUCAAGGGAUGGCACCAGUAUUUCGCAUGGUACCAGGACGGAGCAAUUGGGAUCGCGUCAAGGAGAAACCUACUUAUGCUGUUGAAGAUGAUGUGUUCAUCUUAAGUUUCAAGUACCGUACCUUGGAAAAUAUCCGAGCCACAACUUACUUUGCCUUCACAUAUCCAUUUACAUAUGUGGACUUACAGAACAUGUUAAAUUCUAUUGACACACGCUUCAGAAACCCACCUGGUGAGUUUCGAAUACCAAAUUGCCUCGAUGACAUUUACUAUCAUCGUGAAUGUGUGUGUUAUUCCUUGGAGGGGCGUCAUGUGGAUCUUAUUACUAUAUCAUCAUUCCAUAAUAUGAGUUCAGAAAGAGAGACUAGACUCAAGAAUUUGUUUCCAAUGAGUGAUGUGCCAAGGCCAUUUUGCUUUCACAGAAAGAAGGUUGUAUUUGUUAGUGCCCGAGUACAUCCAGGUGAGACACCAUCCAGUUUUGUUCUGAAUGGCUUGUUGAACCUUUUAUUGACACGUGAUGACCCUGUGGCCAUUCUCCUUAGAAAAAUAUAUGUGUUCAAACUCAUUCCAAUGUUGAAUCCAGAUGGAGUCUCCCAGGGUCAUUACCGUACUGAUACAAGAGGUGUCAAUUUGAAUCGCAUGUACUUGAAUCCUGUGUUUGAGCUACAUCCAUCUGUAUAUGCUGCACGGGCUCUAAUAAGAUAUUAUCACCAUGGUCAAGAGAUGGAAGAGGAGUUUGCAGUGGAUUCUGUGAUUCCAAACACAGAUUGUAAAAGUGUCAACAAACAUUUAUUAAGUGCAAGUGAACUUGAAAAAUUAAAGCAUGAUGGUGCUGCUACUAUAUCAUCUCUCAAGUGUUUGAGUCCUGAAAGGCAGGAUGAUGUAAGAAAUAACAGAGAACAUUUACUACAAUUAUCUGAUACAGGCAGAAUUUCCGGUAUAGAAAACCAAGUGUCAGGGCUCAGUUUGGAUGAAAAGCAGAAUGAAUCCUCACAGUGUUCUGCAACUAGUACCAAUAACAGAUCAGAACCAGCUCCACAGAACAGUAAUAUCAGUAUGAUGGUGCAAGAAAAAAGGGACCUGUUUUCCACAAUUCAUGCAAAUAUACUAAAUGCUGUAGGUAAUGCUGAUGCUAUAUGCAACCAUAAUAAUAAUAAUAAUAAUAAUACCAUUCCUGUUCUUUCUGAAGGGCUGCCUGGAAAACCUUUGCUUCUUAGAAGUAUUUCAUCAAUUGUUGAAGUGUCAGCAGUUCCACUUUAUACAUGUAAAGUGGAUGAAAGAAUUACAGAUAGUUCAGUCUUGAACAGUGUGGUUAGUGUUGAUGGUUGUUUAUCAGAUACUCUUCCCAGUGUUUGUGAGAAAGUAUCUAGUGCAGACCACAGCAUAGGAUCCAGUUCUGGGAAAGCCAUUGCUGACACGAAUGCUGAAGAGGACUACAAGUGUCUGAAAUAUGAAGGAGAAAUGAAUGUCAGCUCCCAGAAUUUUGAUCCACACCAUAACAAGUCUCCAGAAGGACUUCCAAAUAAGGUUGAUUCCAAGAAAAUCACAAUUACACCUGAAGACUCUGGCCUGUACCUGUAUGUAGAUUUACAUGGACAUGCUUCAAAAAAGGGUAUUUUCAUGUAUGGCAAUUAUUUUGAAGAUACAGAGGACAGCAUAGAGUGCAUGUUGUUGCCCAAAAUCAUGUCACUGAAUUCUCAAAACUUCCAUUUCACUGCCUGUAAUUUCACUGAGAAGAUUAUGUAUCUGAGAGAUAGGCGUGAUGGGAUGAGCCGUGAAGGAUCAGGUAGAGUUGCUGUAUGGAAGACAACAGGACUUGUUCGUAGCUACACUCUGGAGUGUAAUUACAACACAGGAAGAUUGGUCAAUAUCUUGCCACCAUGUAUGAAGGAAAUCAAGAAUUCUCCAGCUGUAGCAUUAUUGGUGCCACCAAAAUACACACCACAAGUGUUUGAAGAGGUUGGUCGAGCUUUAGGAGUUUCCAUCUUGGACUUGACAGGUUUGAACCCUUGGAGUCGGAUCCCAAAUUCGGAGUUCCAUACGUUAUUAGGGAUCCGUGAUUGGUUAAGAAUUAAUUGUUUACCAGAGCAGAACUAUGUUCAUAAGGUGAUGCAAGACCAAAAACUAGUGAAACGCCAGCCAUGUAAUGCACAGGUUGGUGGUAUGGCUGGAAUGUCUAAUGGGGUGCCUCCACACCUCAUGCACCCUUCAAGCAGUAAGAGUCGGCUGACAUCCAACAGACGUGAUACAAACUUUGCACGGACCCGACGUCUUGCUCCUCUUGUUACCAAGUCUUCUGAAUCUAAGGUGGAUUUAUGCGCACACUAAUUUCGUUUGGCAGGCAUUUUGAGAGAUAAUGAUGGGAAUGGCGUCCUUUCUUGACCACCUUGUCAUAUUAUCGACUCUUCUCACAGUUCUGUUCAAAACUGUAAAUGGAAUCAACUGCUAUCAGUGUGUGAGUACAAGUCAUGAUGAUCCAUUCCAGUGCAAUGAGUACCUUGGGAGUGAUGUGGAUC